AUCUAAACAUUUUGCAGCUGUCAUUUAUAGAGAUAACUUGUGAAAAAUAUAUUUAUAAUUCUAAUUAAAUCUUGCUUUAUUUCAAUAGUGGGAAAUAUUUAAAAGCAUUUUAAAUAAACUAAUAUUAUUGAAAUAUAAAUAAAAUGUCUAGUGAUGAAAAUAGUUAUGACUCAAAUAAUGAUGAUGGUCCGGAGGAGAAACGUUCCAAACAGUCUACAGGCUCACAUCAUAAGAAAUCCAAAAAACACAAAAAGCAUAAAAAAUCCAAUAAAUCGGACAAAUCCCAUAAGAAACAUAAAAAAACUAAAAAGAGACAUCGUCACCAUUCCAAUUCAUCUUCGGAAUUGGGCUCUGGUGAUGAGUCAACGGCCGAGAAAAAAAAGAGUGGUGCUAUUAAUGAAAAAUUUACGGAAAUUAUGAAAAAAGCAAACAAAGAUAAAAAUUGCGGAUUAAGGGUGGAGCACGAUGUUAAAAUAAAUAAAUUUCUAAUAACGAAACCAAACAUACACACCGAUCCCUGUAGUUUGGCUGAGGAAAUUACAAAGACAAUACAGACAAAAGUUGUGCCAGUUAUGGAAGUCGUAUCAUCUGGGAGUGAAAGUGAAGUACCUGUUGAUGUAGCAAGUCCGGAUUUAGCCAUAAUAGAAGAUGAUCUCAAUUUAGAUGAAUUGAUGAAACAAAAGGCUCUUUUACAAGCUCGCUUAGGUGCUUACAUGUCAGACACAGAAGGUGAUGGCAGUCGUUCAGGUUCUUUAGCGAAACGUCCCAUGCCCGAGACUGACUUAAUCUCGAAGAUGUUGCCUAUUCCGCCCACUACAACAGGAAAUGAUAAGAAUAAAAAGAUUGAACAAAAAAUUUCAGCAUCAUUUGCAACUAGUAAAAAUAAUUUAAAUAACAUUUCUAAAGAUAAAAUUACAAAUGAAAACGAUAUUAUAUUAUUGGAUGAUUCUAGCGGUGGUAAUAAUACACCGGUGGAGCAACAUUUGGCUAACAGGGAGCGAUCACGUAAGGUAAGGCAUUCAAGUGACCGUGAUCGUCGAUCUGCCAGAGGACAUAAAUCAGUGACACCACAACCAGCAAACAUGAUUAAAGCUAAAAGUGAUCGACGUUCCUCAAGAGAAAUUAGAGACCAUCAACAAAGACGCUCACAUUCGGAGCGUCAUUCUCGCAACAGUCGUAGUCGUUCUACCGGCCGCAGAGUUGAUUCGCACGAUAGGCGACAUCAUGUAGAAGUUGAUGAAGAUCGUAAUCGUAUGCGUCAUAGGGAUCAUUACGAUCAAAAUCGUCAAAAAGAAGAUCUUCGACAAGAAAUUAAUAGAGAUAAAUUACGUGAAAAUGACACCAGCCGUGACCGCGAUAAUAAGGGACGAGAUGACAGAACAACUCGGCCUGCCGACCGGAGUGGAGGCGCAGCGAAUAAUCGAGGCCAGGAGAGAGGUCGUGAUCGCAAUAGAGAGCGUGAAAGAUGGAUGCGUGAGAGAUCGCAUAGUCGCAGUAAAGCCGAAUCGGAUCGUAAACGUGAGCGAGAAAAAGAGCGACAACGUUCGGGACACGAUCGUAGUGAGCGUAGUGAUACCAAAGAUCGUUAUCGCGGUUCGCUCAGCGAAGGACAAAAGGUUCAUCAAAAAGAAUCCAGCAGUGAUGAGGAGGUAAAUAUCAAUAUAAACAUCGAAGAAGACGAUGACGAAGAGAAAAUCAUUGAAAUGAGACGUAAACAACGUGAAGAAUUGCUAAAGAAAUUAGCUGGCUCAAAACAAACAGAUGCACCAAGACCACCACCACCACCUGCCCACUCCAUCUCAUCAUCUUCUUCGGCUACCAACUCACAUAAUGACAGCGACAGUAAACGUAAAAAUUCAUAUAAUUCAGACAAAAAAGAACGUUCGGCCACACCUCCACCAACAAAACAACGUAGAUCUCGUACACGUUCACCUUUGACAUCCGAAUCGUCGUCUCGUCAUCCCACAGAACAAAAUGAUGCUACGCCUGAUGAUAAAGGAGACCAAGACAAUAACAAUAAAACAGCCAAUAAUACAAAUAAGGAAAAAGAAAAGAGACCAGAAUGGGAUAUGUUUGCCGACCAAGAUGUAGAUUCGAAUUUCGAUUCUCCCAGUACCAUAGUACAAAAUAAAAAUAUGGCUGAAAAUCCAGCUCUCACUGAUAAUUGGGAUGAUGCUGAGGGUUAUUAUCGUGUACGCAUUGGUGAAGUCUUAGAUACUCGAUAUGUUGUAUGCGGCUAUACUGGUCAAGGUGUUUUCAGUAAUGUUAUUCGAGCCAGAGAUCAAGCCAGAGGAAAUGCAAAUGUUGCUGUUAAAAUUAUACGUAACAAUGAAAUAAUGCAUAAGACUGGCUUGCGUGAAUUGGAAAUAUUAAAGAAACUAAAUGAUGCCGAUCCUGAUGAUCGUUUCCAUUGUUUACGAUUAUAUCGACACUUUUUUCAUAAACAGCAUCUUUGCAUGGUCUUUGAACCAUUGGCCAUGAAUUUGCGUGAAGUUCUUAAGAAAUAUGGCAAAAAUGUUGGCCUACACAUCAAAGCUGUGCGCAGUUAUACGCAACAACUGUUUUUAGCUUUAAAACUUUUAAAGAAAACUGGCAUAUUACAUGCUGACAUAAAACCUGACAACAUUUUGGUAAACGAAAAUAACUUAAUCUUAAAAUUAUGUGAUUUUGGUUCGGCCUCCACCAUUAACGAUAAUGAAAUAACACCCUAUUUAAUAUCGAGAUUUUAUCGUGCACCUGAAAUUAUAUUGGGCAUACCUUAUGAUUAUGGUAUUGAUAUGUGGUCGGCGGGUUGUACCAUUUAUGAAUUGUAUACGGGCAAAAUACUCUUUAGUGGAAAGAGUAAUAAUCAAAUGUUGAAAUACUUUAUGGACUUGAAAGGUAAAAUUCCAAAUCGCAUUAUACGCAAAGGACAAUUUAAAGAUCAACAUUUCGAUCAAAGUUGUAAUUUCCUUUAUCAUGAGAUUGAUAGGAUUACCGAAAGGGAAAAAAUUGUUGUAAUGCCAGUCAUGAAAUCUUCCCGCAAUUUGCAACAAGAAUUGAUAGCUGAUCAAAAUCUACCCGAUGAUCAGCAUCGCAAAGUGACACAACUAAAAGAUUUACUGGACAAUAUGUUUGCUUUGGAUCCCUCUAAACGUAUUUCAUUAAAUCAGGCUCUAACACAUCCCUUCAUACAGGAAAAGAUGUAAACUCACAACAGCAAGCUCAGCACCCACCAACAAUUGGCCAUUACAAAGGACAAUGGCUUAGUAUA